AUGCUGAUGAGGCCAAGUGUACUUUUGUUACUGGCUUUCCUUGCCCAGGUUUUAAGGACACAGUGCCGCCCUGCAAUUCCUGAUGAAGUCUCCGUGGAAACACAAGCCGAGCUUUUUACCCUCUAUCCUGGAGAUCGUCUGGACCUACAUUGUUUCAAGGAAUCCCUGGUUGCUGUCAACUGGACCAAAGACCAUGUGGUCAUAGUAGAUGGAGAACACACUCGCAUACGCAAUGGCCAGUUGGAGAUUGAGACAGUGGAGCUGACUGACUCUGGACUGUACGCAUGCAAGGCCUUUGGCAACCGUAGUGUCUUUUUCAACGUCACAGUUGACACCUUGGCCUCAUCUGAGGAUGAUGACGAGGAUGAAGAAUCUUCAGAGGAAGGGAAAUUAUUAGGCAGUCAGAAACUACUCCCAAUGCCCCCACAGUGGGCUCAUCCAGAAAAAAUGGAGAAAAAGCUACAUGCUGUUCCUGCCAGUAAGACAGUCAAGUUCCGCUGUCAGGCCAAUGGCAACCCAACACCCACAUUGAAAUGGUACAAAAAUGGAAAAGAGUUCAAAAGAGACCAUCGGAUUGGGGGUUUUAAGGUUCGCGACCAUGUUUGGACUAUCAUCAUGGAAUCUGUUGUGCCCUCUGAUAAGGGAAACUAUACUUGUGUCGUGGAAAACGUGCAUGGGAGCAUCAACCACACCUACCAGCUGGAUGUUGUUGAGCGCUCCCCACACAGGCCCAUCCUGCAGGCUGGCCUUCCUGCUAAUCGCACUGCAGUGGUGGGCAGUGAUGUGGAGUUUGAAUGCAAGGUCUUUAGCGACCCUCAGCCUCAUAUCCAGUGGUUAAAGCACAUCGAGGUCAACGGAAGUCGCGUUGGUACAGACGGAUUGCCAUAUGUCCGUAUCCUCAAGACCGCUGGCCUUAACACCACGGACAAGGAAAUGGAAGUCCUGCAACUGAGAAAUGUGUCUUUUGAUGACGCUGGGGAGUAUACCUGCUUGGCGGGCAAUUCUAUCGGGUACUCUCAUCACUCUGCAUGGUUGACCGUUUUUGAAGCCACCCCACACUAUCCUGCUGCCAACCACACUUAUCUGGAAGUGGUCAUCUACUGUGUGGGCUUCUUCUUCAUAGCAGUCAUGAUUGCCAUCGCCAUUAUAGUGAAGAUUCGCACCUCCUCCAAGAAGAGUGACUUCAACAGUCAGCUGGCUGUCCACAAGCUGGCUAAAAGCAUCCCCCUGCGCAGACAGGUGUCUGUGGACUCAAGUUCCUCCAUUCACUCUGGUGUGAUGUUAGUUCGACCUGCUCGCCUUUCCUCCAGCGGUUCUCCAAUGUUGUCAGGGGUUUCUGAGUAUGAACUACCCCAAGAUCCACGCUGGGAACUUCCACGAGAUCGACUUGUUCUUGGGAAGCCCUUGGGCGAAGGAUGCUUUGGUCAGGUCGUGAUGGGAGAAGCCCUGGGUCUCGACAAAGAGAAGCCAAAUCGUGUGACAAAGGUCGCGGUGAAAAUGUUGAAGUCUGACGCUACUGAGAAAGACCUGUCAGACCUGAUUUCAGAGAUGGAAAUGAUGAAGAUCAUUGGGAAACACAAGAACAUCAUAAAUCUGCUAGGAGCCUGCACACAGGAUGGUCCGUUGUAUGUGAUUGUGGAGUAUGCAUCCAAAGGCAAUUUGAGGGAGUUCUUGCGUGCACGACGCCCUCCAGGCAUGGAGUACUGUUACAACCCAGACCAGGUUCCUGUCGAGAACAUGUCCAUCAAAGACCUGGUAUCCUGUGCCUAUCAAGUGGCCCGAGGCAUGGAGUACUUGGCUUCCAAGAAGUGCAUUCACAGAGAUCUUGCUGCUCGUAAUGUUUUGGUAACUGAGGACAAUGUGAUGAAGAUAGCUGAUUUUGGCCUGGCAAGAGACAUACACCACAUUGAUUACUACAAAAAGACCACCAAUGGUCGUUUACCAGUCAAAUGGAUGGCUCCUGAAGCACUAUUUGAUCGAAUAUACACACACCAAAGUGAUGUCUGGUCAUUUGGAGUUCUGCUUUGGGAAAUCUUUACCCUGGGAGGCUCUCCAUACCCUGGCGUCCCUGUAGAGGAACUAUUUAAGCUGUUGAAGGAAGGCCACCGGAUGGACAAACCCUCCACAUGCACUCAUGAAUUGUACAUGAUGAUGAGGGACUGCUGGCAUGCUGUGCCCUCACAGAGGCCUACAUUCAAGCAGCUUGUAGAGGACCUGGACCGCUGUCUGGCCAUGACAUCCAACCAGGAGUAUUUAGAGCUAUCCGUGCCCCUGGAUCAAUACUCCCCCAACUACCGUGACACCCGCAGCUCUACCUGCUCCUCCGGUGAAGACUCGGUCUUUUCCCACGAUGCUGGUGCUGAGGAGCCCUGCCUUCCUAAGCUCCCUCCCCAUUCUAAUGGGGCGGCCAUCAAGAAACGCUGA